UCUUCCCCACCACCUUUACGACUCACUACUUCCGGUGACACCGCACCCUGUUGGACCAACAUUCAAUUUAAAAAACCUCACUCUGCUGUUGCUGCAUCUUGUGUUCUUGAGAUACCCUACGCAUGCGUUCCGCUUUAUUCCCAAUUCCCCUUUCUUCUGUUUGACCUGUACGAAAAGACGUCUUGUACGACUGCUGGGUCAACAUUUACGCAGCACACUGCUGUCAUCGUUUCUCCACCCUCUCACGUUUGUACAAAACCCCCAGCAUACAGUCGGUAUCGUCAUUCAUUACGGUCUUCGACACAGGCGACCAGCUGCGGGAUCAACAAAAGCCCCUCUAAAUCGAUAUACCAUCUACAACGCCCCGUCGAACUUGCUUUCGUUAGCUGGCCUGCAGCCCAUCGAACUGACGAUUGAUUGCAUUGGAGUUACCCCUACCGACCUCAACUCAUUCACAUCGUCCCACAACGGUUCUCUGGUUCCGCUGUCACUAGGAGCACCUGCGCCUAGGGACCUUUGGACCCAUCAGCUCCAAGCCUUUUCGGCAAACGAAACAACACACGCCACCCACUAUGUCACGCCCAGACUCGUCGCUAGACAGUAGCGAAAAAGAAAGGGCCAUGCCACUUGACCAGUCAACCACCGACACGAAGUUCUCCGGUACUAACACUGACAACCACACCGAGGACAAGAAGCAGGAUGUUGAAGGCCGGAUACCAACAAGUGCGGCUUCAGCGGCAGUUGCCACCGCCGAGCGCGACUUGUACGAACCUUACCAGAACGGCUACCACUUCCCACCAGCACAUACGAAGAAGCAAUCUACCAUGAUUGGCCUGAAAGCUUUUUGGAAGUACACAUGCACGCCUCUCGGUUUCUUUGUUGUUCUCUACGGCCUCAACGUCGUGGCUUGGGGCGGCAUGUUGUUCUUGCUGCUCUGCAACGCUGCACCGGCCAUGUGUUAUCCUACAUGCAACGAUAUCAACUCUCCCCGUCGCAAGUGGAUCGAGUGGGACUCGCAAAUUCUAAACGCUCUUUUCUGCGUUACGGGCUUUGGCUUGGCGCCCUGGAGAUUUCGCGACCUCUACUUCUUGAUGCAGUACCGUAUCUUGAAGAAGCCUGAAGCUCUUGGUCGUCUGGCCGGCAUCCAUCGAGGGUGGUUCCGGUUGCCUGGGUCGGAUCAACUUCCCGUCCACAUUGGUCCCCAGAACGUGGCUGAGUUGGCGUCCGAACAACCUGUUCUUCAGAUUCCGCACCCGGAGAAGGCCAUCCCAGAUCCACCUCUGACUGGCGUCCGGGCGCCUCCUACGGCCAUCUGGAAGAUGGACUUCGUCAUAUGGUUCAACGUAUGGAACACCUUCUUACAGUGUGUUCUCUCUGGCUUCAUGUGGGGAAUGAAUCGCUUCGACAGACCUAGUUGGUCGACAGGUCUCUUCGUCGCCCUUGCGUGCCUGGCGGCCGCCAUAGGAGGCUUGAUGAUGUUUUUUGAGGGCAAGAAGGUCAAGAGCAUAGAAGGAGUGCCUCUUAGCAAGGAGGAUGAGGAGCGCUUGGCAAAAGACAAAGAGAUGGGCGUCCAGCAUUAUAACAAUAUCAAGGAUAAGAAACCGAAGGAGCCCAAGGGGAAGAAAUAGGGGCGUGUCACAAACCGAUACCUAAUCAAACCCAGUCGUAUACGUAUAUGAAAAAUAAUAGCAUCGUCCACACAACAAUACACUUUGUUGCACU